AAGGACGGUUGGGCUCGGCCGCCGCGAGCUGCAGACCCCUGCUGCCCAGCGGUCACCCCCCGGGGGUUCUGCGCUGCGCCUGGAGCGCGCUCGCUCCUUAGAGGGCAGCAGCGGGCGUCGCCGGGACGCAUGCGCUCGGGCGGCACCCGGGGAAUUAAAAGAGAGAGGGAAAAGCUCCCGCGGCAAACGCGCAGCUCGCGUCCCCCAAGGCCGGCCGCGGCGUGAUGCGCACGGCCCGGCCCGUGACGCCGCGGCCGUCCCCUUCCCCGUCCCCGCGCCCCAGCCGCCAUCGCGUGCGCGGCUCCGGGAUCCCGGCGCCCGGCCUCGCUCCCCAUGGGGCUGCGCCGCUGGCUGCGGAGCGCCUGCUGCUGCUGCCCGUGCCCGUGCCUGGAGGAGCCCGCGCGGCCCGAGAAGGAGCCGCUGGUCAGGUGCGUACCGGACCGCCUCGCGGAGGGUGUGAGUGCACCAAUUUUUAUCUCUUUACAGGAGUGGCAAAGACUCAACUAUGAUAUCUACACCCUGCGGCAGAUCCGCAGGGAAGUGAGGAACAGAUGGAGACGAAUCUUAGAAGACUUGGGCUUUCAAAGGGAAGCCGACUCUUUAUUGUCAGUGACCAAACUCAGCACCAUGAGUGAUUCUAAAAACACAAGGAAAGCCCGAGAGAUGCUGUUAAAACUGGCCGAAGAGACCUCUAUCUUCCCGGCCAGCUGGGAGCUCUCCGAGAGGUAUCUCUUGAUUGUGGACCGGCUCAUUGCUCUCGAUGCUGCUGAGGACUUCUUCAAGAUUGCUAGCCAAAUGUACCCCAAAAAACCUGGGGUGCCAUGCCUGGUGGACGGCCAGAGAAAAGUGCACUACCUUCCAUUUCCAAGCCCCUAAAUGGAGACAUAGAAGAGCAGAGUUCUUUCACCACGACACAGGAAUCUACCGAAGUUGGACAGCUGCCCAGGAGAAGGCUUUCUCCAGUCAAACACAGUGAAUCCUACAAACACAAGGUCUUCCUCAGGACCUUGGCCUAAGGAUACUCUGGUUACAUUAAAACACCCAGUGACCACCAUGCAUCCAGAAAGGAAGGCUCAAGAGUUGGUGGGGGGUGGGUAGUUCUUCCUGGAUAGGCAGGUUCCAAGAAACCAAGGCCUCAUUGGUUAUAUAAGCUACAGGCGUUCAUUCUGUGGAGGGCUAGUGUUUUCUAAUCAACAGGGUGUAACCGAGCCCUUGACUACAACAUGAAUUUCGAGGUAAUCAUUAUUAAGUGUAAUACUAGACAGGGCGCCCCAGAUUUCAUAAAACCCUAGGGCACGUGUGAACAAUAGAAGUGUGUAGACUUCUAUUGUCUAUUCUAUUGCAGCCCAGAUAGCAGAACUUCCUGCAGCUAAGUGUCUUCUUCAUCUGUGACGCGAGCACCCUGAAUCCUCGGCGUUAAUCCCCAGCACUGAGGUUAUCCAGUUGCCUCCGUUUUUCUUUUUACAUGUUGCCCGUUUCUGGUCCAAAAGCCCUGGGCAUUUUUAUGAAGAAUAGCAGUAUCUGUAAACUGCACUGUUUGGCCUCUAUAUCCUGUCUUCACUCUGUGUCCCGAUUAUCAGCUGAGGGUCGCAGCUACCUGGGGACCUUUUGGUGUAGACGUGCAGACAUGCUGGUGGCAGCACACGCUGACAACAGUCACUGCUGGCCUUCACUCUGAAGGUGAUUUUCAGAACGCAGCUCUGCUAACAGUGCAGCUUGCCACAGAACGAGAAGCCCUGUUUCCCACGAUCGUAAGCAAAGAGCUUGCCAAGAGACCAUGGCUCCUUUUGUUGAAAAGCCUUUAAGAACUUGUGGGAUUUAUCUAUAGACUUCUGAGAAUAGAGAUAUUUUUAUUUUUUAAUGAUUUUGCACUUCUGACUUCAGGUGGAAAAUAAAUUUGUAUUAGUCUGUUUAGGGGAUUGUGACUUGAAAAAUUUCAUAUCCUGAGGGUUUUUUUUUUCCGUGUAUACUCCAUGUUUAAAAUAUUUACUAGGAAAUACGUGUCCUUCAUUCGUUAAUAUAUUGUAGACUAAUUUAACAGAUGAAUUUCAGGAAAAUUCUUCCUAGUUUAAUAAAUAAGGUAAAAGUUUUAUUUUUAUUUUUAGUAUUUAGUGCAUAUUCUCUACUUCAUGUUGUUUAAAAUUAGCCUGCAAAUAUUUUCAGUCACUUCUGUGGGCUAAUAGAAGAUAAUAAAAUAAACAAAAGACAUCUUAGAAUGUUGUAUUGUUUUAAUCUCUCAGAAUUUGUUUUGGCUUUUGUCUUCUUUAAUGUCAAAAUAGAUGUGAUUGUCUGUGAAUUAUAAACUGUUAACCAUAGUUUUUAUUUUUUGGUAACAAACAAGUAAGGAUAAAAUUAUCUCUGUGGUAACUAAAAUACACGCAAUUACCCAGGAGAUGUUUCCCCAAGGAAUUAAAAGACUUCUCCAUGUGCCUUUAAGUUGAAUGUGUGUUAUAUUUCUGAUAAAUGAGAAGAAACUCGGGUGUUCCUUCCAUCACCCCUUUAAGUUAAAGGGAGGAGAGACUCAGAGGCAGAUGAGUUGAAGGACCUUCUGCUCCCCUAAAUCCAGGCAAGGAGUAGACCCUGCAGUGUGAGAGGCUAGGACUGACUGGAGCGGACCCUCCAGGACUCAGCGGCUUCUUUCUCAGCAGGACCAGGGCUGCAGACAGUCGGGAGGCCACAGGGCUCUCCUACUUUAAUCAGCAUCUGCUUAUGGGCCACUCAGUGCUUCUCAGACUCA